AGAGGCAGCUAGAGAUUGCAGAUAACAAUACUGAAAAUGAGAGGUGCCGAAAUAGUGACAGAUUUGUUGAAAUUUUAAAAUAGUGACAGGUUUUAAAAAAAUCAAAGUCUAUUCAGCGAGCGCUGACAAAGCCUAGUUCUCCUCUAACUGAUGUUUCCCCAUCCGAUAGUGCGACUGGGUUUCGUUAACGAUUAUAAGGAAUCGAGAGGGCUUGCGCCUCUUUAACUACGUCCUUUACAUCAAACUAUUUCUCGUGCGUUUUUUCAUAAGAAAUGCUCCUUCCCGCUCUCCGUAGGAAGGUCAAUGUAACAUUUCCGGUAGGCCAGGUUCAGGGUGGUUGCAUAGUGUUCUUACUUGCAUCUUCAGGGCCUCCGCGAUGAUCUGAGCCCCACUAACACAUUCUUCUUCCUGCUCUUCUGGGCUUUGAGGGGCCAUCGCUUUUACGCAGUCUUUCUGAGAAAGGAGAGACGAGAGGCAGGUAACUCAAUGAUGGACUGCUGGCUUCCAGAGGCAAUUGACCAUCUCUGCUUUCCAACUUUUCUUCAAAAAAUGAGAACAGACAUCAUUUCUCAAACAGAACUACACGCACAAUUAGUGCGGCACUUUCUAGUAGUAAAUGUGUUAAGACAAUUUUCUUAAAGCCAUUCAUGGCAGACAGCACUUUUGCUGGCAGCUUCAUACUUGUUCUGUUCUGUUACCAAGUUCUCUCUGUAAACAUUCACAGAGGGGGACAUUAUAUUGCUGCUGUGUACGAACAUCAUGUCAUCCUGAAUCCCAAUCCGACAGCUAUUACUGAUCGACGGUCUGCGUUACAGCUGAUGAACAGAAACUUAGACAUUUAUGAACAGCAAGUAAUUGCUGCUGUUAAACAGGGGGCACAGAUAAUUGUUUUUCCUGAAGAUGGAAUUCAAGGCUUCAACUUCACCAGGACAUCCAUUUAUCCUUACUUGGAUUUUAUUCCAUACCCCAAGUCUGUGACAUGGAAUCCAUGCAAAGAAGAAUACUUGUUCAAUGAUACAGAGGUUCUCCAUCGACUCAGCUGUAUGGCAUUGAAGAAUAAAGUGUUUUUAGUAGUAAACAUAGGAACUAAGCAGCCCUGCAAGCACAGUGAUCAUCACUGUCCACCAGAUGGGAGAUACCAGUUUAACACUAAUAUAGUAUUUAGUGACAAUGGUACACUCAUAGCCAGAUAUCGAAAACAAAACUUGUAUUUUGAAUGUGCCUUUGAUACUCCACCAGAGGUAGAUUACAUUGUAUUUGAUACACCUUUUGCAGGCAAAUUUGGAAUCUUUACUUGUUUUGAUAUCCUGUUCUAUGAACCAACUGUGAACCUUAUCAAACAAUACAAUUUAAAACAGGUUGCAUAUCCUACUGCAUGGAUGAACCAGCUUCCACUUCUCUCAGCUGUAGAAUUUCAACAAGCUUUUGCAGUUACUUUUAACAUCAAUCUUUUGGCAGCGAAUAUCCACCAUCCUGACCUGGGCAUGACAGGAAGUGGUAUAUACACGCCAUCAAAAUCUUUCAUUUAUUAUAGCAUGGAGAACAUUAAAGGUAAACUUAUAGUGGCAGAAAUCCCUAUUAUAUCAGAGCACGAAGCCCAUUGGGAAAACACUGCAUUAUCCAACAAUAAGAUACAGAUGAGUUUAAGCUCCCAUAUGGACAAUCAGAUUUGUCAUAAAGAGGAUCAAGAAGCCCACUGUGGGAAAGCAACUGAGGAGGUUCUGCCCAUAUUUUAUGGAGAAAUGAUGUAUGAUAAUUUCACCUUUAUGCCCAUAAUGAAUCCUGAAGGAGAUGUGCAGGUCUGUUCCAAUACACUGUGCUGUUAUUUAAAUUAUCAAAGACUUUUAUCAUCUAAUGAACUCUAUGUUUUAGGAGUUUUUGAUGGCAUACAUACAGUGCAUGGAACAUACUAUGUACAAGCCUGUGUAUUAGUGAAGUGUGGUGGUCUUAACUAUACCAGUUGUGGGCAAGAAGUCACAAAGGCUACCGAAGAGAUAGACUUUCAACUCCAAGGAAAUUUCAGCACUUCUUUCAUCUUCCCUCUCUUGCUAAGGUCUGGUAUUACUCUAGCCUUUGCUGACUAUUUGGGCUGGAAAAAUAACAACUAUGUCAUGCAGAAAAAGGGACUAUCUUCUGGCUUACUAACAGGUGGUUUAUAUGGACGAUGGUAUGAGAAGGAUGAUAAUAAGCAUUUGGUACAACCAAAAGUCACGUGUCAAAAUGAUUAAUUCAGGAACCUAAUAAAAGGAUUAUUUUUUAAUGGACUCUUGGACUUGAACUCUAU